GUCGCGUUUCCAUGCGAAUGGCAAAUCGUUAGGUGACGUGUUUGGUCGUGUAAACUGAGUAAAAUUUUAUAAAACAACAUGCAACCACGAAUUAUUUUGUUACUCCUGGCUCUGGCACCGCUGGUCCUGGCCAAGAAGUUUAAAGAGGAGGAUAAACCGGCGUGGGCAAAGAAGGACAUACGCGACUACAGCGAGGCCGACUUGGAGCGUCUGCUGGAUCAAUGGGAGGAGGAUGAAGAGCCCCUGGAGCCGGAUGAGCUGCCUGAGCACCUGCGACCGCAGCCCAAGUUAGAUCUCUCGAAUCUGGACAGCAAGAACCCCGAGGACUUACUUAAGGUAUCCAAAAAAGGGCGGACGCUAAUGACAUUUGUCUCGGUAACCGGUAAACCAACCAGAAAGGAAGCCGAAGACAUUACCAAGCUAUGGCAGACCAGUCUCUGGAACAAUCACAUCCAGGCAGAGCGCUACAUGGUUGAUGAUGACCGCGCUAUUUUCCUUUUCAAGGAUGGUACCCAAGCCUGGGAGGCCAAGGAUUUCCUCAUCGAACAGGAUCGUUGCAAGGGCGUUACCAUCGAGAACAAGGAAUACCCGGGUAUUCAUGCGCAAAAGGACGAAUUGUAGGCUACUCCUACGACUCUAUCAAAACAUUCUCAUACUGAAGUAUUUUAAGCACAAAGUUGAACAAAUUUAAAUAAAGUGGAUUUAUUCACGAGUA